UCGAUUGAAUACUUUGCAAUGACGAUAAUAGCAGGUGUGCUCCCGCCGUCCCGCGAGACGUGGGAAUGGGCGUGUUAUCUGUUCGGUUACUUUCCACUGAUCACUGCAAUCCAAUGGACCAUUGAUUGGUAUCCGCAGGGUAAAACCUCGACCAAUUCGCGCUUCAACAUCUCUGGCAAAUGGGGGUGGUGCACCAUGGAAUCCGCGGGCUUCAUCGCGCUGUUAUACAUCAUGUUCACGCUCCCCUCAGAGCUGGGUCUCUCCUCUCUACCGUGGGGGAAUUGGACAAUGGCAGGAUGCUUUGUCAUCCAUUACAUUUACCGCGCCGUCCUCUCCCCUCUCGUCUUGAACCCGAGCAUGGCGCCCAUGCAUCCCCUCAUUUGGCUCAUGGCCUUCUCAUUUCAGCUGUUCAAUGGGAUUUCCAUCGGCGGCUGGCUCGCCGGGUACGGCCCUACCACGGAUAGCGACUGGGCGGGACGUUACGUGUACAUGGAAGUUGGGCUGGUGCUGUGGGCUUGGGGAUUGCUGGGCAACGCUUUCCAUGACGACGACCUGCGCGAGAUUCGACGUGCAGCGGACCGCAAGCAGCGUGCCGAGGCGGAGAAGACUGGUAAGCCGCUCGAGGGUGUGGAGAAAGUUUACAUGAUCCCAAAGAAUGGGCUGUUUGGAUACGUGCUGUAUGCGCAUUACCUGUGCGAGUGGGCUGAGUGGGCUGGGUUUUGGAUGGUGGGUGGAUGGGCAUGUCAUCCAGCCAAGACGUUUUUGGUGAACGAGAUUGCGACCAUGCUGCCGCGAGCGUUGCAGGGGAAAAGAUGGUACGAAAAGAAAUUUGGAAAAGAGAAGCUGGGGAACAGAAAGGCUGUGGUUCCAGGGCUGAUCUAA